GCCAUUUUGAAAAGGCGACUGGUGGUAAAAAGAGGGAAACCUUCCGCUAUCUGUUUCAAAUAGAUAUGACAAUAUUUUAAGAGCAGGAAAAUUAGGAAGGCAAGAUGCCGGAGCAAAUACCCUUGUCAGACUUCGUGAAGGAUACGUGGGAUGAUUUCAAGUCCCCGACGACCUCUUCAUUCACGAAAAACAUGCCUAACUAUAAGAACCUGGUGUCAACACUUGAGGAAAGACUGGAUGCAGACCGCAGUGGAUUAACAAAAAUGAAGAAGUCGGUCAAGGCACUAUAUAACGCAGGCAAAAGGCAUGUUGAAAGUGAUGUGACAAUGGCAGAAAAUCUAGACAAUGUCAGUAACAGUAAUGUGGAACAGGAGAAUGAAGUAGUUGAAGGGUUUAAGCAGUUUUCAAUGAUAGCUAGAGAACUGUCAACCUCCUUAAAUGACAUGGUAACUAAGUUAAAUGGUAUGCUACUGUACCCACUGGAAGCUUUCCUCAAAGGGGAUCUCAAGGGAGUAAAGGGGGACAUGAAGAAACCUUUUGAUAAAGCUGCUAAGGAAUAUGAAACCAAAUUUGCUAAGAUAGAAAAAGAAAAGAAACAACAAGCCAAGGAUGCUGGAAUGACCAGGACUGAGGUGGAUGGCUCAGAAAUAGCUGAAGACAUGCUGAAGGAAAGAAAGGUUUUUCAGUUACAACUUUGUGAGUACCUCAUUAAAGUAAAUGAUAUAAAGACAAAGAAAGGGGUGGAAUUACUGCUGCAUUUAGUGGACUACUAUAAAGCUUUGAAAGUUUUUCACCAAGAAAGCCUGGAAACCAUUGGAAAAUUUGAGUCCUAUAUAGAGAAGUUGAUAGCACAACUUCACAGCAUCAAACAGAAACAAUACACAGAUCGACAACAGCUAGUGGAACUCAGGAAUGCUCUUAAAAACUCAAUGUCGUCUUAUAAAGAGGGAUCUAGAAAUACUAUUUACACAGAAGAAAUUGGAAAGCCAGCUGCUGCUAGUAAAAGCCCAGCUGGGUAUAGUCUACAUCAGCUCCACGGAAACAAAGACCAUGGAAGCCAGAAAUCGGGCUACCUUCUAAAGAAGAGCGAAGGAAAAGUCCGUAAAGUGUGGCAGAGAAGAAAGUGUACCAUCCAAGAUGGCAUCAUGCUAGUCAGUCACUCUGAUGAAACAAAGGAACCAGUAAAAUUGAAUCUCCUUACAUGCCAAGUAAAGCUUGUUGCUGAUGAUGUUGGCAAGAAGUGCUUUGAUCUAGUCUCUAGCUCCAAUAAUAGAACAUACCAUUUCCAGGGGGAGGAUAUCCAGGAUAUGGAAGAGUGGAUUUCAGUUUUGAACAAUGCAAAAGAAGAAGUCCUUUUGAAAGCCUUCCAAGACAACACAAACUCCCCUGCUAUAAAUCAGAAUGUUCGAGAACUUACCGCCAGUAUUAUUGACCGAAUCAAACGGUUGCCAGGCAACCAAGUCUGUUGUGACUGUGGUGCAAAAGAUCCUGAGUGGUUAUCCACAAACUAUGGUAUCUUAAUCUGUUUGGAGUGCUGUGGCAUCCACAGGCAGCUAGGUGUUCACAUUUCUAGAACCCAGAGUAUAGUCAUAGAUGAAUUAGGAACAUCACAACUUCUAUUAGCCCGAGUGGUAGGAAAUGACUGUUUUAAUGAAGUUUUUGAAGGCAAAAUAUAUAAUGAAUUAGAUGAAGGAAAAGUGGAUGGAUACAGAAAACUGAAAUGUACAAGUCCUAUGAAAGAAAGAGAGUCCUAUAUUUUUGACAAGUAUGAUAAAAAGAAAUUUGUCAUCAACACUAAUGGAAUGGAGGAGGAAAUUCGAUCUGACCUGAAACAGGCCAUUCACAGCCGAGAUUUCCAGACCUUGUUACAGUUACAUGCAGAAGGAACUGAUCUCAUGAGCAUCAUGCCAGAUAUGGAGAAUGGUGAAACUGGUCUACAUCUAGCUAUCUUACUGGAGGACGGAUACUCUCUGUACAUCGUGGACUUCAUCAUCCAAAACAGCCUCAUAACAAAUCUAGGAAACAAAACCAGAGAUGGCAAUACUCCAUUACAUCUUUGUGCAAUAGAGGAUAAAACAGAGUGUAUGAAACUUUUGCUGAGAACUCGACCAGAACUAGCCAAGAUUGAGAAUGCUGAAGGGAAAACCUCGCUAGACAUUGCCAAGGAAAAAAAUCACCAGCUAUGUGCUGAACUGUUGACUGCAGCAUUAAGUGGAAGAAAAGAUCUAUUUGAGAAUGUUAACAUAGACUGGGAUCUAAUAGCUGAAGACCAUGAGCAUGAUGUUGAUUACAGUGACGACGAUUUAGAGAACACUCCUGAGAGGAAGCGUGGGUCACGCCCCCAGAGCCUGGUAACUGGUAUCCCCUCAGAGUUGGCAAGUUCCUUCUCUGUUCCAAAAGACAAUUCUGAAACCAGAGGGCGAUCUGAUAGCAGUUCACUACAACCAGCGAAAAAAACGGAGUUUUUAAAUAGACUGAGUCGUGUCAUAAAAAGGAAAGCAUCUUACGGGGAAAUUUAUCAGAUUUCUUCAGCAGAAGGGGCCCCCAUACAGGUUGUUCAGAAAAAGCCACCACCUUGGAUUGUAUCGGUCAAGAAAAAGCGACGUCAAAGACUCAUGCACCACAAUCAGUCACCUUCAAAUGGAGGCUCAUUUCCAAGGGAUUCUACUGCCCCACAGGGGCAACUGGGACCAGGACCCCCUCUCCCACCAAGGAGAAAACCCCCACCACCCCCUCCCACCACAGCACCUGGCCAUAGUAGAAAUAAGUCAGAGGGGAGUGGUAUUGGAGUUUUCCACAGAAGAAGUCCUUCAGACCCACCCCCAAGACCAGCCCCACCAGAUGCCAGGAACACUAUUCACUUAACUGGGAAUCGUUUGCCAGGUGAAACUGUCAAUAGUAACAGGUCAUCCCGGCCCAGAAUUGGAUCAUCUGGAUCUGGCUCAGCUGAUGGUAGCCCUGCACAGCCUAACUCUCCUACUACUGAAAAUGAAUCACCACCAUUACCAGCCCCAAGGGUCAAGAAGAAGUUGCCGAUAGGACAGAAGUGUCAAGCAAUAUAUGACUGUGAUGCUGACAAUGAUGACGAGUUGACAUUCAGGGAAGGGGAGAUAAUCAUUAUUACGGGGGAAGAGGAAGAUGAAUGGUGGGAAGGUGAGAUUGAUGGAGAGCCAGGUAGACGGGGGGUUUUCCCCAAAACUUUUGUCACCAUAAUCACAUGACAAGAGCUUGGGUAGUUACCAAGUCAGACAGUAUUCACAGAAGUCUACCAAAUAAGGGUCUUCCCAAGUUUUUGUUGACUUUUUUUUUUAAAGUGGGCCUCCAUAAUAGUUGCUCAGAUCACAUUAUAUGUCUCAUAUUAUUUAAAGCCAGUUCUGUUUAUUUUAAUCCAUUUCAAUCAAGUACAUGUACAGUAAUUGUAAUUUAUAUCUUCCUCUAUAUAUAACAGUAGCUAUUUUGCAGAUGUCAAAACCUAAUUGCUGAUAUUUUGGUAUAAAAUACACAGCACAGAUAUUAAUAUUUGUACACACAUGUACUCUAUGGAUUCAUUGUUUUUUUUUUCCUUUUUAUUUCUUAGGAGGUCUUAGAUGUUUUCAUCUUCUUAAAUAUUUGUGAAAUACAUUAUUUGAUAAAACCUAACUUGCUUUGAAUAAUAAAUCAUGUUAACUAAUGUUAUCACACCUUAAAAGUGCAAUUAAAACCAGAUGUUUUUUGAGAUAGUGCUGUUCUGCUGUUGAAAGAUCUACCUUUUUGUAAUGUUUAAUGUGUACCAGUAUUGAAAACCUUAGAUUGAUCGAUCCGUACAUUUUAUUGUCUUUAGAUCUUGAACAAUGUUUUUUUGAUUGUUACGAGAAUGUUUACUGUUGAUACAACUUGUCAUUGUUAAUAAUCACGUUAUAAUAUUGUGAUUUUGUCUCAUUCCCAGUGCAUUUAGAUAUUCCAUGUAUUUAAAUGUUACCUACAGUCAGUUGUAUGAAUUUUGUGUAUAGAUAUAUGUAUAUACAUGUACAGUAUAUAAUUUUUUUGCCUACUAAAUAUUAGUGCAUUUUCAAAAUGGACAGUCAUCCGAGAUGACAUAUGAGAAAUGGGACAUUCCAUUAAAUAUUCAUAUGAGAUUGGUAAAAUUGCACAAGAGAUUUUUUCCCCCGCAGGAAUAUGUGUUGUAGAAUGAUGAUCAUUUGAAAUGAGAUAUGGGAAAGUUUGUAUGGUUCUGCCUUUCAUUAGUUGGUUACCUAUUAUCUUAGCAUUCAGGUACAAAGAUUUGAUGACAUACUGUAACUGCUCUUCCAUAAGAAUUGACUAAUUGUAAGAAUAUUAUGAAACAUAUGUAAGAAGCAACUGAUCUGCAGUACACAUAUAAUUAGUUAUAAUUAAACAUUGUAGCAUUCUUUUUAACAGUACGUUAAGUAACAAUAUACAUGUACCAAUGAGGUAAUGACAUUAAAAAGUUUUAGAUUAUUGAUGUUAUACUGUAGAUUCCUUAUAUUGUGAGUAAUUAACUUGGCAAUAUGGCAGAUUUGAUUUUAUUUGCAAGAAUAUUGCAAGCAUUCCAGUUUCUGAGAAUUAAAUAAGGUUUGUGACCUCUGAUGCAUGAGCUCAUUGUUAUAAAAAUUGUCAUCAUCAGUAUCACCUGUUUUAAAGGUCCAGACUUUUACCUAGGGUACAUGUAAAUUAAUAUCCCCACGAAAUAAAAUGUACUUCUCAUUAUUAUGUGGCACUUUCUUCAUUGGUGAUCUAUUCAAUAACUACUGGUAGUCCAAACAUAAAGAAGUUUUUUUUCUUACCCUAAAAAAACUUGCUGCUUGUUGUUACUUCACUUGUGCAGGAAACCGUGAAAAAAAAUGUUGACUUGGCUACAAUGCCAAAUGUUCUAAAAUGUGGAAAUGGUAUCAAGAUUCUCAUAGAAGUUAGGGCAAAAAUAGUAAAAUAUGGAAAUGGUAUGAAGAUAUGGAAAUGGUAUGAAGAUUACUCGUGGAAGUUGUAAAAUAUUCAUUAGGACAUGGAUACACAGUCCUCCAACAAAAAAAAUAAAUAAAAAAAAUCAAAUCAGAGGGAAGGAAUGAAAUCAUCUUUCAAAGGUAAAAUUAUUGAGAAACUAAAUUUAUCAAUAAAAAUUUCUGAUAAAAAAAUGAGAGUAAUUACUGAGAAUCAUUUCUUUCUGAAAAAUUAGCUCACAUGCAUGUAUUUAUUUUUCACUAAUUCAAAUUAUGUACUAAAUGUUGAUGAUGGAAAUAAAAGUGAGAUUUAAGAUUUUUCUGCCACUUAUUCCUCAUAAUAAGGAAUCUACAGUAUGUCAUUCAGGGGAGAGUGAUGGUAGAGUUAAAGAAUUAUAAAUGAUGUUAUUUCAUGUACCAUUAAUAAAACCAGUGUCAGCUGUUGUUGACUGGAGAUUAAAAACUAUGCUUAGGCCUUACUUAAAUCAUUGCCAUUUUCUUUUCUUGCUAUGCAUGUACAUGUAUAACAUAUAAGCCAAAGAAAUUGUGUGUUCAAUCUGCUUGUGGAUUUAUAUAUUUGGUACCUAUGGCACUAAAGAAUUUGUAUUACCCUAAUUCUAACCAAAUUUUGACUUGGUAUAAACCUCACUUUAUCGAUUAGAUAUAUUUGAUUAUGUGUUUAGUACUUGAAACUUUUUACUUUAGAAUGACUAAUUGUUUGCACUGUAAUUAUUAUGCACUGACCUAGACACAUCUUACUAUUAUAGAUGUGUAUGCAAUAUGUAGUUUUCUUUGAGAUUUGAAUUGCUGUUAAUAUUUUUACGCCAUUUGUGAAUCAAACGGGUAUAAAUUGUUUACACAUUUUCAACAUCUAAUAAUGAUUUUAUCUUGUAGCCAAUUAACAAUUUUUGUGUAUGGAGUUUGAAAUGCAGUAAUUUAACAAUGCUUGAAACAUUUCUUAAAAUUACUUAACUAUAUACAUGUAUAUAAUGAUCUGUCAUAUUGAUUUAAUUAUAAGUAAAGUUUAAAUAUUCUUAAACCCAUUAGGGACUUUUUUUAUUGUCUUAAUUUUCUAGAUUUGCUGGGAGCAGUUCACUGCAGUUCUUUGAUUACUGAUACAGGUCCAGUAAAUUCUAUCAUUGUUAGGUAUUUAACUGAUUUAUGUUGAGGAUGACAAGAUUGAAGUAAGUCGGGCAGCAGUUCUGUAUAAAAGUGUAUGCCAUUCUCAGUGCAAUGUAAUAUUUUAAUAAGAUAUGGAGGUCAGUUUAUGGAAUUUCCGAAUGAGUAUGAAAGAUUAAAAACAAAACACCUCUACCUCUGUGUAAAUUUGCCUUUAGUCCCAAUGUUAAUAUUUCCAGCAAGAUUCAACAUUUACAGAAUGCAAUAAUUAAUCUGCUCUUAACAUUAAUGAAGUUUUAUCUCUGCUAGAAAUCCAUAUCUUAUUUGUAAAUUAUAAAUGCUGUUGGAAUAUCUGAUGUGUUUUGAGAUUCUGAAAAAAAAUAACUUAUGGUUAACUCGUUGCGUCACUUGUAACUAUUUUUUUAAUAUUUAAAUUUUUUGAAAUGUUUAGUACAAAUGGCAUACAUGUACAUUUGUACUUGGUUAAGGUAUUUUUCUGAGCUACACAUUCUAUUUUCUGUAUUUUUUUCCCCAUAAAAGGGGAGUGUUUUGGAUAAUUUUCAAGUUACUGUCAUUUACAACAUUUUGAGAUGGUACAUGUGUACUGCAUUUUCUAAAUAAUUUGAGCAUGCGUAGGCAUAUUUUAAGAAUUAUUAUGAUUUCAUGUGAGUCCAGGCACACAGAAACACUGUUGUUGGACAGUAAAUUAAAGUUAAGAAUUGGGGUACAUCUAGCUUCAGUUGAUUUUAUUACAGUAGUACAGAUUGAGUAUUUCUUUCAAGCACAACCAUCAAAUGAGAAGUUUUUUUUUUAUGGGUAAGGUGAACCUCUUUAAUGUUUGAGUCUCAUAUGAAUGGAUUGAACAUUCAUACAAAUACAGAAUCUCUAGCAAAUUUGUAUUUUGUGCAAUAGUGCAAAAAUUUAAAAAAGAAAAUGCUCAGGUGAACAGUCAUGUAAUCGUACAUUUAUUUAACAGAUUAUUGAGUAUAGGUAAGUUCACAUUCUGUUACAUAAUACAAUAGUUCCACUGCAUGCUUUAUAUUAUGCUAUGGUUAACUCGUAAUUUAUAUACUGAUAUUAUUUGUCAGUAAUAGGAGUCACAGCCAAAAGCAUUUGCAUAUUCAAAAUCUUAAUAAACUAUUUCAACUCA